ACAAUUAAACGAAUUCUUAACAUGCCAACAUUUCCAAUGUAUUUUACUAAAUAAAAAUGGUUGAUUUCUGCUGAAUAAACUGAAGUGUAAACACAUAUCAACCCCUUUCUUCUCGUAGACAUUUCUACAAACAGUUGAUGGGCAUAACAGAGGCAGCAACUAAACUGUAGGGAGAGUAAAGAUGGCAGCUUGUUCUAGUAAAGGAGGGUGCCCAAGUGACUAUGUAGCCCUUUCAGCUGCUCUACUGUCCAUGAUCUUACUUCUCCUGAAAGCGACAUUACCUUACAUGAUUCACAAGAUUCCUAGGUCCAAAGGCAGUAGCUUUUGGCUAGUGGCAAUUCAAGUUAUUGCAAGCUUAAAUCUGUUGUUGUCCAUAGUGAUGGCCCUCAAUUUUCUAAAGUUCAGAAAGAGACAUUGGUGGAGGUCAUGCUAUCUUUGGGCAGUCUGGAUUGAAGGUCCACUCGGAUUUGGUUUGCUGUUGAGCUGCCGUAUUACACAGAUAUUCCAACUAUAUUAUAUAUUUGUGAAGAGACGUCUGCCACCAAUUAGAUCCUAUAUUUUUCUUCUACUGAUUCUCUUGCCAUGGGUAGCUCUUGCUGCAGUUAUUCAAAUAAAAAAGCCUCUAAAUGACCGGUGCCACAUGGGGACUCUGUGGAUCAUCCUUGUUAUGGGCCUUCAUGCAUUAUAUGUUGUAGCUUUGAUUGCUUUUGCUGGGGCUGUGCAUCAUGUGGAAUUCAGAUUUCAUGAACUCAAAGACCUUUGGAGAGGAAUUCUUGUCUCUUCAGCUUCCAUUGGAAUAUGGGUGGCUGCUUAUGUUAUGAAUGAGGUUCGCGAGGAUAUAUCAUGGCUAGAAAUUGCCUCUAGAUUUUUGUUAUUGGUUAUGACAAGUGCCCUUGUACUGGCAUUCUUCUCUUUCUCAAUUUCUCAACCUCUUGUCUCACUUAUGAGCUUGAGGAAGAAGAAUCCGAAAGAAUACAAGACAAUGAGUCAGGCAUUAGGUAUACCUGAUAGUGGGAUCCUAUUACAGAGGGAAUCGACAAGCAUUUUAGAUCCCAAUGAACCUUUGGAAAAGCUCCUGCUGAACCGAAGGUUCCGUCAGUCCUUCAUGGAAUUUGCAGACAGUUGUCUGGCUGGAGAGAGUGUGCAUUUCUAUGAUGAAGUGCAACAUUUUGAUAAAAUUCCUAUUCAGGAUUCAGUUAGGAGAAUUUACAUGGCACGCCACAUAAUAGAGAAGUAUAUAGCUGCAGGAGCACCAAUGGAGGUGAACAUUUCUCACCGAAUCCGGCAGGAAAUUUUGAGUACUAAUGAUCUCUCCCACACUGAUCUCUUCAAAAAUGCUCUAGGUGAACUGAUGCAGCUUAUGAAACUGAACUUAGCAAGAGAUUACUGGUCGUCAAUGUACUUCAUGAAGCUGGAAGAGGAUAUCCGCAUGAGAGCAGUUGAUCCGGAGAUGGAACAUGCUAGUGGUUGGAAUUUUUCCCCAAAAUUGAGUUCUGUCCAUUGCAGUGAUGACCCUUUCCAGCAUGAACAUAGCCCCAGAAAUUCUGGAUGUCAUAAUCACGAUUCAGAAUUGCGAUGACAAAACAUGUGAGUGGGAUCAUGACUUUCCAACGUGAUGGAGUUGCAUAUAUUUGGCCGUGAACAGGAAGAGAAGUGAACCUAAACGAGACAUGAUAUUCAUCUUCACAUGAUGGGCUCCAGCUACCUGAUUCUCCUGUUCAUAAACGAUACGAGCCUUCAAGACCAAGUUUUGCUGUGUGAUGUUGCUGCUCAUGCUUUUCAGACCUGAAGGAGCAAUGCCAAGAUCAUGGCAUGUGAAAGAACAGGGCAGACUGAAAGUGGGCUUCUAGUUUUCAAAUUUGUGGGUGGCAAUUUAUGCUGGCAGGUAGAUUCAACAAAUGUAUAAAGACAUAUAGUUGUGGUACUUAGCAUACUUUUGUAUCUAAGUGGAACUUCCAAGCCCCAAGGUGCAUCUUACUAGACUUGUUAUAUAAAUCAACAUGCGAAUAAACUUUGAUAUCCAUUGUUGUCUGAAGUUGUGAAAGUUACAAGUGUGGUCCAUGAUGAAAUUCUGCUUGUUGGAUAAUUAUAUUGUACAAAUAAAGUAAAGAUAAUUCUUGUGUUUAUGUA